AUGCGGCGCUUUUCGUUAAUUUGCCUAUGUCUGACGAUUGGUCUUGUUUUCGGACAAGAACAAGAUAAUUUAAUCAAUACAAAUGUUGAGCGAGCUCUUGAUCUUGUUUCGCAUUUACCAAAAGAAACAAUAAGUGUAACAGUUGAAAAUCGAGGAACAAAAGGCGCACGUUAUUACGAUUAUGUGGUCGAAUCACAACAUGCUAAUGAUGUAGCUUUCGUUGGAGCUGUUGUUAAAGGUAAAAAUGCCGACGAUCAAGCUGCUUUACCAGUCAAACAACAAGCUGCUGAUAAAACCAAAGGAACAACUUACCGCAUUGAACUACCCAACGAACUCCGUGCUGGUCAAACUAUCACACUCGAAAUUGAAGUUGUUCAUGCCAAUGCUCUUCGUAUGUAUCCAACAGAAAUCACCCAAGCUGAAAAACAAUUAGUUCUCUACAAAACCAACACUUACUACUAUUCACGUUAUGCCACUACUACACAAAAAACUGUUGUGACAUUACCAACUGAUCGCACUGAAUCCUACAGUCCAACACCAAAACCUGUCGUUAAAAGUGAACAAACCAUUACCUACGGUCCUUAUGAGAACAUUGCUGCAUUUACACGCAACGAAUUAUCGUUACACUAUGAAAACAACAAUCCAUUCUUAACUGUGAGCAAUUUAAAACGUUGGAUUGAAGUAUCACAUUGGGGAAAUAUUGCUGUCGAAGAAACCAUUGAUAUAUAUCAUAGCGGAGCUAAAUUGAAAGGAUCAUUUUCAAGACUUGACUUUCAACGACGACAAGACAGUUACUCCGCCGUGAAAACAUUCAAGACAUCUCUACCAGCUUCGGCCCGUGAUAUUUAUUAUCGCGAUGAAAUCGGUAAUGUCUCCACUAGUCAUGUCCGUGAAAUGCAAGAUCAAGUUGAAGUUGAAAUUCGACCACGUUUUCCAUUAUAUGGCGGUUGGAAAACUCACUACAUUCUUGGUUAUAACGUUCCAUCCUAUCAAUAUCUCUACAAUAAAGGAAACCAAUACGUCUUGAAGAUGCGUCUUAUCGAUCAUGUCUAUGAUGAUCAAUUACUUGAACAAGUAACGGUUAAAAUUAUUCUUCCUGAACACGCUCGUAACAUCGAAUUCUACGCUCCACCAUACGAUGUCCAACGCUUACCCGACGAAAAACACUACACAUAUUUGGAUACAGUUGGCCGUCCAGUCGUAGUUAUUAGCAAACGCAAUAUGCUAUUUCAACACAUCCAAGACUUCGAAAUUCAUUAUACAUUCGACAAAAUCAUGCUAUUACACGAACCCAUGUUAAUUGUCAUUCCGUUAUUCGGUUUAUUCUGUUUGGUUAUAUUGUUAGUCCGUUUGAACUUCUCCAUAACUCACAAUGAAAGUAAUGAAACACGUCUUCGUAUUAAAGCAAUUUGGGAACAACUUUCGGAUAGUAACAUCAAACGAACAAGUUUGUACGAAAAAUUAGAAGAUGCUUUGAACUCCUACAAGACCAGUAAAGAUCUUAAAGCGUUCAAUGAACUGAAGAAGAAAUUGGAAAGUGAAUUUAAAAAUCUUCAACAAGAUUUAACAAGUUUACAAACAAAAGUUCGUGCUGACAGCGCUGAUGCCGCUGAAAAGAUUGCAGAGUUUCUCAGACUUGACUCUCAACAACGCGAUAUUCAAUCAUCAUUGAGUGGUUAUGCUGAAAAACUUGUCAAUGGCAGACUGGACAAGAAUGUUUACUUGGAACAAGAAAAACAGAUACGAGGCAAAAUCCGUGACAUCGCUACACGUAUAACGUCGAUUCUAAAUCAAUAUUGA